CUCCUUCCUCUUUUGUCUGUGUUCUACUCGAUGCUUUUGGUUCUUCGUUAAAUCUUGCCUGAACUGAAUUUGGGGAUUUUUGCUUCUUUCGAGGAUUUGUAAUUUUGAGAGCCCUAUUUUUUUUUUGGCCUAAAGCCACUGCUUUAGGGUUGAGCACCGAUUUGCAUAUCUGAAUUCUGAACUAUGGGAUUGGGAGAAGCUUCUAGAACUUCAACCAAUGUCGGAAACAGUGACGGCGGUGGCGCCUCCACUUCCGGCAGCAGCGUCAAGAGAUUUCCGCUGGCUGCGCAGCCGGAGAUUAUGAGGGCUGCUGAGAAAGAUGACCAGUAUGCCUCCUUCGUCUAUGAAGCUUGCCGUGAUGCUUUUCGUCACCUCUUCGGUACAAGAGUCGCUGUAACUUACCAGAAUGAGGCAAAACUCUUAGGGCAGAUGCUCUAUUAUAUGCUGACAACGGGUGCAGGGAAGCAAACAUUAGGAGAAGAAUACUGUGAUAUCACUCAGGUUGCAGGACCAUAUGGACUUUCCCCAACACCUGCAAGACGUGCUCUUUUUAUUUUCUAUCAGUCAGCUGUUCCAUAUAUUGCAGAAAGAGUCAGUUCUAGAGCAGCUUCCCAUGGCAUCACCCUGGCUGAUUCAAUGGCGGACUAUGCAUUUGGGGAUGAUCCUACUUCAAGCAACGAAGCUGAGGCGUCACCUACUUUUGAGAUACACUCAUCUUCAACAUCCGGUCCAUCAAUUUCAGCUCUUUCAAGAUUGAAAGCCAAGAUAAGGGAUUUCUGGUUGUAUACAGUUCGAAGGUGGCCUUCGAUGCUUCCCCUUGCUCGUGAGAUCUUGCAAUUGGUUAUCCGGACCAAUCUCAUGUUCUUCUAUUUUGAAGGACUUUAUUAUCAUAUAUCAAAACGUGCUGCAGGCAUACACUAUGUGUUCAUUGGAAAACCUAUGAACCAGCGACCUAGAUAUCAAAUACUAGGGGUCUUCCUUCUAAUUCAAUUAUGUAUUCUUGCUGCUGAAGGUCUGAGACGUAGUAGUUUAUCAUCCGUUUCAACUUCUGCUCAACAAGCACCCUUUGGAACUUAUCGAACUUCUGCAGGCCGAGGUUUACCUGUUUUAAAUGAGGAAGGCAAUCUAAUAACUGCCGAAACUGAGAAGUAUGGAUUGGUUGCUGAAUCCACAUCAACUUCAGAGUCUCAAGGAAACAGUCCAAGCAAAUGCACACUUUGCCUAAGCAGCCGCCAACAUCCAACAGCCACACCUUGUGGUCAUGUAUUUUGCUGGAACUGCAUAAUGGAGUGGUGCAAUGAAAAGCCUGAAUGUCCGCUUUGUCGUUCUCCCGUAACACAUUCAAGCUUGGUUUGUCUGUAUCAUUCAGAUUUUUAGUCA